AUGCAGCUGCUGCAGCAGACGAAGGCACCAGCAGCAGCAGCAGCAGCAGCACUGCAGCAGCUCCAACUGCAGGAGCAACAAGAGCAGCAGCAGCAACAACAACAGCAGCAACAGCAGCAGCAGCAACAGCAGCAGCAGCAACAACAGCAGCAGCAAACCAUGGGGGUGGAUUUCAACGGGCGACCGGCGGCGGACGCCCUGGCGAUGGAGCGCAACAGCAGCAGCAGCAGCAGCAGCAGCAGCAGCAACAGCAGCAGCAGCAGCAGCAGCAAAAUGUUGACGGGUAAGCUAGAUGUGAGCAGCAGCAUAGAGGAGUACUUGCUGCAGCUGCAUGCGGCCUCUCCUUCUCUCCAUCCUGUUCCUUGUGCUGCCUUUUUAACCCCCAGCAGCAGCAGCAGCAGCAGCAGCAGCAGCAGCAGCAGCAGCAGCAGCAGCAGCAGCAUGGCUGGGGAUUUGUUUGCUGCUAUACAGCAGCAACCUGCAGCAGCAAACCCAAAAGCUUUUAAGGAAUUCUCAUAUAAUCUUGCUGCUGCAGCAGCAAAAGCAGUUGCUGCAGCAGCAGCAUGCACUGUAUGUGGAGCAGCACGAAACCAGCAGCAGCAGCAGCAGCAGCAGCAGCAGCAGCAAGAAGAAGAGCAGCAGCAGCAACAGUGGGGCCUCUGUCUGCUGCCUCAUAUCGACCCAAUUAAACAAAUCAAAUCCUUGCCAGUACCGCAGAAGCUGCAGCAAAAGAAGCAGCAAAAGAAGCAGCACUCGUUGCCUAAGCAGAAGCUGCAGCAAAAGAAGCAGCAAAAGAAGCAGCUGAAGAAGCAGCAGCAGCAGCAGUAG